AUGAUUCGCAGUCAAAGCAUAACGUUGGCCGACAAGCGCAAAACUGGGCUUUUGAAUUCCCUCCGUAAUAGGAAAUCCUCGUCAAAAGACUUGAAUGGCUUCCUCAAAACCAGGACACUCAAUGAGACCAAUACAGAUGUCAAUAAGCGUCACUCGGUGAUGUUAAUGUCGCCCAAAGAGAAAGAUUAUCAGCAUCACACCAAGGAAAACAAGGAAAACAAGGAAAACAAGGAAAACAGAGCCAGUUAUAGACUCAGCUAUAAAGAGGAAAUCAAGAGCAUCAAAAAAGAUGAGAACCAACCGGAAAUCGUCCGGGACAGCAUCAGCGGAAAGGAGAAGAGUGUAUCAAGAAGGGCGCUGAGGAUUUUCCGCCUGAGAGUAACUCCUCCAUCGAGUGAGAAGACCAUAGCUACAGCAGGCCUGGAGCCCAGUGAUGUGGUGUCCAUGGAGACACUCAGUUUGGAUCCGUUAUCACCCAACACACCCAUCAACAUCAAGUUGGAGACUUCAGAGUUGAGUCCUCUCACGUUCCAGGAAUUUGCCAGCUACUUGCAGAACUUUGACGAUGAGCCUUCUACCCCAUCCAAAUUGCACCGUACUGUUAACAUCGCCAACAUUCAAGACUUAAUCAACAGCAUGGAUGAGAAGAUCUUGCCGCUUGGGAACCGCAAGUCGCUAGAUGUGGAAGCCAAUGAGUUCAAGCAAUUACAGACACAGUUGAGCAAGCAGCCGCAUGACUUGAACUUAUACUUGGUUGAAAACGCUAUGUUCAUGAGCUUUUUCCAGCGCAGCUCCGACGAGGCCAUCCAAAGACUGACUAGAUAUUGGGAUGAGAUUGACGUGACUGAGACAUUCAAGAUGGAAAAGUAUCAUUUGGAUGACAACAUCUACAUGCAUAUGUAA